CUCGGCGAGUCCGGACCAAGGAGAACCCAAUCAUCCCUAACCUCUCCUCCUCUCUCACUCAGAUCUCAUCUUCGUUGUGCUUUCGACUAAGAUCUCCCUUCGUCGACGGCAGCAGGAACUUUGGACAUAGCAAUGAAUUUUCUUAUCCGUACUGCUCAACCUGUAGUUCCUGAGGUAUCCACUGUUGUGGAGCCUGAACAUCAAAAGGCUGUGAGACCUAUUCCAAAACCAGCUGCUACUUUGGAGGGCCUUAUUGCAGAAGAGACAUUUUCAAAUCAUUCUAUAGGAAAUGAUGCUCUAACAGACAGUGAACAAGUUGGAUUUGUAGGUAGCUCAGCACCAGGUUCAACUUCCAAAAAUCAGUUUCCUGUUGGAAACCAUACUGAUGUUUCAGACGAUGAUGGAUGGAUAACAAUUCCAUAUAAGGAGCUUCCAGAUAACUGGGCUGAUGCCGCAGAUAUACAACAACUGAGAUCCUUGGACCGUUCGUUUAUUUUUCCUGGUGAACAUAUUCAGAUACUGGUUUGCCUGUCAGCAUCAAAACAUGUGUCAGAAGUCAUAACUCCAUUUAGAGUUGCUGCUGUUAUGUCAAAAAAUGGUAAAUCGAGCCCAAAUAAGGAGCAACAUAUUGAAACUUUGGGGAAAAUGCCUAGUCCGCUUGGUCUGAAUGGACUUGUUAGUAGCACACCUGAAAAAGCUUCUGGCCAAAAGGUGGAAAACAAUAUCGAAACUGUUUCUGCUGGAAGUGUAUUGAGUCCUCAAAAUGAUAUUUCUGCAACUGAGAGUCUACUUCAUAUGGAGCAACAUAAACAACAAAUUGAGAGUAUACUCCAAAGUUUUAGAAAUUCAAAUUUUUUUGUCAGAAUUGCUGAGGCAGAUGAACAACUUUGGUCCAAAAGAAAUGUUAACUCUUCAAUGAACUCUGAGGUAGUAGGGGGAAAAAGCCACCCUAAUGAUGGAUCAAAAAAGGUUCCAAGGUGCAAUGUUGUUAGUGCAAUAGUUGAUAAGGGUAGUUUUGAUGGCAUUACAUCUGGUGGAGUGGCUAGAAAUACUGUCAGAUGCUACUCUUUGUCAAAUGGCGACGUAGUGGUUCUUUUAGAAGUGAAUGUUGGAGUGAGUAAUUUAAAAGAUGCUGUUCUUGAGGUUAUCCAAUUUGAAAAAUACCGAUCUAGUAAUUCUGCUUUUGAGAACCACAACAAUUUGUUGGUUCCAAAUAAGGAUGAUCCAUAUUGGGAACUGCUUGAUUGGUUGCUUCCCUUGGAUCGAACAUUACCUCCUCGGUCACUUUCACCUCCUUUAAGCUCAAGUAUAUCACAAAAACCAACAUAUCCUGCCUCUGGGUCACAAUUUUUUUCUUUCAGUCACUUCAGAAGCUACUCCAUGUCUUCACUUCCUCAAGUUACUGGACCACCAUCAUCUGCGACUUCAUUUUCCAACUCAAAACCUGCUUUUGAUCCUGAAGACUUUGAUCGCUUUUCAUCAGAGAAGCUUACAAAAAAUCAGGAUACAGGAAAUGAAAGGCUUUUAUCAUUUCGAGGUGUCUCACUGGAGCCAGAACGCUUUUCUACACAUUGUGGCUUGGAUGGCAUAUAUUUACCGGGCAGGAGGUGGCGCCGAAAGCUUGAAAUUAUUCAACCACUUCAAAUCCGUUCUUUUGCUGCUGAAUGCAAUACGGAGGAUGUACUUUGUGUUCAAAUAAAGAAUGUGUCUCCAGCUCAUAUACCUGAUAUAGUUAUCUAUUUGGAUGCGAUAACUAUUGUCGCUGAGGAGGAAGCAUCAAAAGAAGGUCGACCUCUGUACCUACCAAUUGCUAGUAUUGACGCAGGAAAUGAUCACAACUUACCAAGCCUUGCCCUCAGGAGGGGUGAGGAGCACUCCUUUAUUCUCAAGUUGGCAAGUGCUAUAAAUGGAGAUUCUAAGGGAAAUGGUGAGAUUAUGUAUUCAAGAACAAAUGCAGCUCCCUCAAAUACACAUAUGAUGUCAAAUAGUAGUGAUGGGAUGAUGGUUUCUUGCACUGCAAAGCAGUUCGCCAUUUUGGUAUCUUGUCAUUGCAAUUAUACUGAAUCAAAAUUGUUCUUCAAGCAGCUAACAGAUUGGCGGCCACAUAUUGCAAGGGAUCUUAUGAUUUCCAUAGCAUCAGAAACUCAUAAACAAAGUGAUAUCCCAAAUUCCAGGGCACCUCAACUUCCUGUUAAGGUGUUGACCCUUAAAGCUACAAAUUUAACAACUGAAGAUCUUACAUUUACUGUUCUUGCUCCAGAAAUACCAACUUCUCCUUCAGUUUUGUCAUUGAGUUCUACUCCGAGAACUCCAAUGAACUCACAUGCCACUUUUCAUGAUUAUGUGGGAAGUUCAGUGCCUAUUGCAACCAAAUCCCAGAAAGAAAGCUGUGAUGAUGGAAAAACAUCAAGUUCUGUAGAACGGACUGCUAUGAUGUCUGAUGUCAUAUUAAGUAAUAGCGCAGGCUUUACACAUUUAUGGUUGCAGAGUGCUGUUCCCCUUGGAUGCAUUCCUGCACGUUCAAGUGCCACUGUGAAGCUUGAGCUUCUCCCUUUGACUGAUGGGAUAAUUACGCUUGAUACUCUGCAGAUAGCUGUUAAGGAGAAAGGUCUGACAUUCGUGCCAGAGCAUUCUUUGAAGAUCCAUGCAACUUCCAGCAUUGCAACUGGAAUUUUAUAAAGCAUGCCAACCAUUUAUAGUAUCAGGAUAUGGUGAUACUAAACAUCAUGGUGGAUCAAUCUGUUUCCUGCUAGGAUUCUCAUGAUACAAGAUGAUGGAAAGUAUAUAGAGAAGCAGCUUGCUGAGCAGUCAACAGCAUUACUGUGAUCUUAGACUGCUGGAAUCGGAAGACAAAAUCAUGUGUGCCACUUUGAUUUCUUGUUGUAUUCACACUAGAGUAGUUUCUGAAUUUUUUUUUUUUGCUUCUAUAUCCAACGAGAAACCCAGGAAAUUCUUCUAGUCAAAAUAUCAGUAAAUUUGCCCUUCAUUUAUAGUUAGUUAUCUUUGUGAAUGAUGAAAGGGGAUCUUGUACACGUGUGGGUCCAACUUAUUAGGUCUAUGAGAAAUCGAGACACUUGGAAUUUGUGUUUU